GGGGAAAAGUAAAAGUUGACAAGAAAAACAUGAAACGUAAACAAAACAGCAGAAGAUAAUUUGAUUGUGCGUAAAAUAAACUGGCCGAAUUUGAUUAGCACCGUGGCAAUUGCACAGAGAAAAAAUAAUACAUUUUACGUGAUUUUACGUAACGAUGUCUAGUCAACCAGAGCAUAUCGAUGGCAUAAUAAGCUUUUUGAAAACAAUUGACUGGACUGAUCCAUGGCUGAUGUUGCUAAUUUCCGUUCAUCUGAUUUUGACAAUGACAGUCCUGUUGACCAGGAACAUGGCAAAUGUGCAGGCACUUCUUUUCACUGUGAUGUUGUUCUCUGUAUAUUUUUCGGAAAACAUCAACAUCUACGCUGCGGAAAGAUGGAGGUCAUUUUCUCGGCAGCAGUACUUUGACAGCAAAGGGAUGUUCAUCUCUAUAAUUUUCUCGAUCCCAAUGCUCUUCAACUGCAUGAUCAUGGUGGCAAAUUGGUUAUGGCAAUCAUCGGAACUCUUAACACAAUUGAAAGUGGCCCAAAUGAGACAAAUGAUGAGGCAAAACACAAUUCCAUCUGAUGGAAAUGCCACAGAACAACACGAGAAAAAUGAAUGACAAAGAAAUUUGAAUUUCUUCUCAAAGAUGUACCACUGCUUACUCUUGGAAGAGAUUAAAAGACUUAACAGAUCAAAAAUUUUAAAAAUUGUGCCUGAAUUCUCUAUUUGUUAGCAGAUGUGUGAAAUAAAAUUUUACUGCUAUUAUUUGCA